CACUGCAAUGUGAACUUUAGAUCGUACAUUUGUGGUAGUACACCUUAACAAACCAACAAAACCAUUACCGUUUCACUCAAAUUCACUAUGGCUGCUGCCUUGACUGGUAUGCUGGUUUCAGAGAAAGAUAUUAAAACAUUUCAGGAUGACGGUGUGGUUGUAGUGAGACAGGUGGUAUCCCCAGAAUGGGUGGACAAACUCCGAGAUGCAUUCGACUGGGCCAUGAACAACCCUUCCCCCUUAAGUGAAGAGCAUGUUGGAGAGGGAGAGCCAGGAAGAUUCUUCGAUGACCAGUUCCUAUGGAAACGAAACGACUCGGUCAAGGACUUUGUUUUCAAUGGACCAUUGGCAAAAGCUGCAGCCACUGUAAUGUCAUCAGAAAAGGUGAAUGUCUUCUAUGAUCAUGUUCUCGUUAAGGAACCGAACACGAAGAGAAUUACACCGUGGCACAAUGACAUGUCUUACUGGCCGAUAAAGGGUUCUCAGAUUUGCUCCAUAUGGAUAGCUCUAGAUGACGUAUCUAAAGCAACCAGUGUGAAGUAUGUGAAGGGCUCUCACAAACAAAAACUACUCCACAAAGUUUCCAGUCUAGGAGGGGAUAGUAGAAGUUCGUAUGGAGAUGGAGGUGGUGAACCGUUGCCAGACAUUGAUGCAUUGCAUGAAAAUGGUGAAUUGGAAUUGGUGAAUUGGGAUUUGAAGCCAGGUGAUGUCUUGAUCCAUCAUGGAUUUACCAUCCAUGGUGCACCUGGGAACAUCAACUCUACGACAAGACGAAGGGGGUAUGUAGUAAGAUGGCUUGGAGACGACAUGAGGUUCGACCCGAGACCUGGUACAAUGUACAAGGCGUGGACUGAAAAGGGUGGAUAUCACUUAGGACUUGCAGCAGGGGAUACGAUGAACUGUGAUUUAUUUCCCUCUGUAAACUUUUAGGUUCUAACUAAUAAAUAUUUCUUUAACAAUAACCUUUUUACGUUUACGUUUAGACAGACAUUUUUUAGAAUUAUAGAAUAAAAACCGUGAAAGGUUGGUUGGCCUUUAUCAAAAAAUAUUUCAUAUUUUAUCUGACCUUGCUGUGUGUAAAGGAAAGAAGAUACCAACCUUGGUGGUGUUCAGUCCACCAUAACACGCUUCAACAAAAUACUCAAGUGGAUGUUAUAUAUAGUAUUGAAGUGACAGAAAUGGAAAACUGACAAAAACUCCAGUUUAAAACUUUAUUGAAUAUCUAAAUUCGUGUUUCCUCAGUUUUAAAUGAUGACUAUAGUUAUACGAUAUAGGUUAAAAGACAUUCACCUGUUCACAGAACAUUCACCCCUGUUAUGCUUCAAAUACAUUGCAUUUAAAUAUAUGAUUGUAAAUGAAUAGCUCUCUUGAGAAUAUUAAUAAACAAUAAUUUGAAUAAAAGUGGAAAUCCUUUAUGAAAAGCUUUUGAAUGUCACUGCCACUGAAAUUUAUGGAGGUCAAAUACAAUGGUUGUUCAAAAAGUUUUGCA